AUGGCUCAACAACAAGAAAGAAGUGACGUUCAGACUGAAACUUUGACCAUUCAGCCGGAAACAUCUGUAAGUUAUACUUGAUGUUAUUCUUCAUCCAGAUUUUUAUUUUAUUUCAAUUUUUACUGUUUCAAAAUUUGUAAAUUUUUGUUUCAGACGGAAGCUUCAGAAGUUGUUCUUCGUUUGGAACCGGAAGGUGCUCCCCGAGUUCGAUGGGCGCAGGAUACCGUGGAUAACGAGGGCUUGGGCAAGAAGAAGUCGAAAUGCUGUUGUAUCUACAAGAAGCCUAAGAAGUGGGACGAAAGUUCUGAUGAGGAAGAUUCGGUAAGGCAUCUUACAACUUUUGCUUUUUGUUUUUAGGCGAUUUCCCAUUUAUUUUUAAAUUGUGGCCAAUUUUUAUUGCACUAUCACUGAAUCCAAAACAAUAUCGAAAUUUGUUUUUAUUUUGAAACCUGUUUGUUGAUCACUUAAUCCUCUGAAUCUGUAUGCUUUUAGGAUUGCGAGACCGGGCAUUGCAAGGGUCACGUCGAGAAGAAACAUCAACCAGAGCAGCAACAAUAA